AACACGACGCCAACGCUCAUCUCGUCCUCUCCCAUCGCGUCUCGUCUCUUACGCGAGGGGAGGCUCUAGAAAUAAUCGGACGCCUCCCUCCUCCUCCUCCCCGCACGCGCGCGAUCGGCAUCAGCAUCACGGUGAGAUCGGGUUGGCGGGUCGCUCGAUCGGAGGAGAAAAGAGCAGGCAGGAGGUUAGUUGUUCGCAUCGGAGGCGAUGGGGGCGCUGUCGCGGCCGGAGGAGGUGUUGGCGCUGGUGAAGCUGCGGGUGGCGGCGGGGCAGAUCAAGCGCCAGAUCCCACCGGAGGAGCACUGGGCCUUCGCCUACUCCAUGCUCCAGAAGGUCUCCCGCAGCUUCGCCCUCGUCAUCCAGCAGCUCGGCCCCGAACUACGCAAUGCCGUGUGCAUCUUCUACCUCGUGCUCCGCGCCCUGGACACCGUUGAGGACGACACUAGCAUCCCAGCCGAGGUGAAGGUGCCCAUCCUCCAGGAAUUCUACCGGCACAUUUACAACCGCGACUGGCACUACUCGUGCGGAACAAAUCACUACAAAGUGUUGAUGGAUAAAUUUCACCAUGUGUCCACGGCUUUCCUGGAGCUUGGUCAAGGUUAUCAGAAGGCAAUUGAAGAAAUUACUAGGCGAAUGGGAGCAGGAAUGGCAAAGUUUAUAUGCAAGGAGGUUGAAACUGCUGAUGACUACGAUGAAUAUUGUCACUACGUAGCAGGACUAGUCGGCUAUGGACUUUCCAGGCUCUUUCAUGCUGCUGGGACAGAAGAUCUAGCUCCAGAUUCACAGUCGAAUUCAAUGGGUCUAUUUUUGCAGAAAACUAAUAUAAUUAGGGAUUACUUGGAGGACAUAAAUGAGAUACCAAAGUCCCGUAUGUUCUGGCCUAGAGAGAUAUGGAGUAAAUAUGCUGAUAAACUUGAGGAUUUUAAAUAUGAGGAAAAUUCAGAAAAGGCAGUACAGUGCUUGAACGAUAUGGUAACUAACGCACUGGUUCAUGCUGAAGACUGCCUUCAGUACAUGUCAGAUUUGAAGGAUCGUGCUAUUUUCCGGUUUUGCGCAAUACCCCAGAUCAUGGCAAUUGGAACCUGUGCUCUUUGCUACAAUAACAUGAAUGUCUUUAGAGGAGUUGUGAAGAUGAGGCGUGGGCUCACUGCACGAGUAAUUGAUGAGACAAACUCAAUGUCAGACGUCUUUACUGCUUUCUACGAGUUCUCUUCAUUGCUAGAGUCAAAGAUUGACGACAGUGAUCCAAAUGCUGUGCUAACACGGAAACGUGUGGAUUCAAUAAAGCAAACUUGCAUGCUAUCCGGUUUGGUAAAGAGAAGGGGAUACCAUUUGGAUAAGUCACAGUACAGCCCUAUGCUGAUCAUGGUUGUUCUUCUGUUAGUGGCUAUUGUUCUUGGAUUACUGUAUGCCAAGUGAUUCCCUCUAGGUGGUCUGUUGCCCCUUCGUGGAGACUGGAGAGCGUCCAUGUCAAUCCGUUCAUUGUCUCCAAGGGACAGCAAACUUCGGAAGUACUGAUUGCAUGCUGCUGCUGCGAUGAAGCCAUGCCAAUCUCAAUUCUUUUGUUCUUUUUGUUUUCUCGCCUGAUGUAUCAUUUGGGGCUGUUUGAUAUGAGAUGGAAGUUGUGUCUCCUUUUGGUUGCAAAGACUGGUGUGGGAAAUUAUUGUGUCUGCGAGAACAAUUGUCAUGUUGACUGUUGAUGCCUGUCUGCAUAGAACUUUGUUAUUUUGCAGCCUGCCA